UUAGUUACAGUUUUUGUGGGUUGGUUAUGCAACUCUAGAUAUAAGAGGUUCUCUAAAAUCCAGGGCUUGGAUGCUGCUUGAAGGGCAAGAUAAGAUUACAAUAACAGAACCCUUGCAAGGCAUUCUGAAAUUAAAGAAUUCUUACAAUCCAGAUGAUGGUUGGAUACUGGGUCAGAAGAAUUAGGAAUUCUUCACAAGCACUGGCUAUGAACUUGCUUGGCUUAAGGACUGAAGAACAAAUUCACAUCCAUGUCUGCAAUGUUGUCAUAGGUAACCCUAGCGGUGACCUUCGCUCCAUUCUGACAUGCCAGGGCUGCUCUAAAUACGAAUAGGCAUGCCUGGUGAAGCAAAGAUAUUCUGGAAAGUGUCACCAAAAAAAUUUGAAACGAUUAAAAUAGCAAGGGAUAUACAAGGCUUUAUGGGAUCAGACGCAGGCAAAAAAUGCACAGAACAUAUUGGAGCGGGUAUUAUAACA